AUGGCCUCCAGUCUUGACAAGCUCGUUAAGAACCUUGCUAAAAAGGGUGAGUCUUUCUUCCAAAAUACAAGAAAAUAUUAUUCUGGAGAGAAGCUUAAACAAUUGAUGCAAAAGGGUGUUUAUCCCUAUGAAUGGAUGAACACUAUACAAAAGCUUGAUGAGCCACAACUUCCGCCAAAAGAAGCUUUCUUCUCCGCGUUAAGUGGUAAAGGUAUCUCGGAUGAAGACUAUACCCAUGCUCAAAAUGUAUGGAGAGUCUUUGGUUGUAAGACAUUCAGAGAUUACCACAAUCUCUACAAUCGAAGCGACGUGCUUUUACUAGCCGAUGUGUUUGAAAACUUUCGCGAGCUUUGCAAAGAGAAUUACGAUCUCGAUCCUUGUUGGUACUUCACCGCGCCGGGUUUGGCUUGGGAUGCCUGCCUCAAGUUGACUGGGGUAAAACUUGAGUUGUUGAGCGAUAUAAAUAUGUUGCACAUGUUUGAGGCUGGUAUUCGCGGUGGGAUUUCGAUGAUUUCGACAAGGCAUGCAAAAGCCAACAACAAAUACAUGGAGAAAAGCUUUGACCCUAUCCAACCUUCAAAGUUUAUCACGUACCUCGAUGCAAACAACCUUUACGGUUGGGCGAUGAGUAAGUCUCUGCCAACAGGAGGUUUUAAAUGGGUGGAUGAGAAAGACUUUGGAAAAUGGGAAAAUUUUCCCUGCAUUCUCGAAGUCGACCUGAAAGGUGUCAAAGAAGAGCUUCACGAUCACUUCAACGACUAUCCACCCGCCCCUGAAAAUCAGUUGAUUGAGAAAGUGCAUAAGCUGGUCUGUACGUUAAACGAAAAGAAAAAGUACAUCGUUCAUCAUGAGACAUUGAAGCAUUACAUGAGUCUUGGAAUUGAGAUCGGAAAGAUUCAUAGAAUUAUCAGGUUCAAUGAGAGUCCUUGGAUGAAGAAGUACAUCGAUUUGAACACAUCUUUGAGAGCCAAAGCAAAAAACGAAUUUGAAAAAGACUUCUACAAGCUGAUGAACAACGCUGUCUUUGGCAAAACCAUGGAAAACAUUCGAAAACGCGUUGACGUGAGACUUGUUACAAGAGAAGAAAAGGCAAAGAAGUUGGCAAAUAAGGUCAACUUCAAACAUUGUACCAUCUUCUCCGAAGAUCUGUGCACAAUGCACAUGAGGAAGACGCAGAUUCUCUUCAAUAAACCUCUCUAUCUCGGGAUGAGCAUCCUCGAUAUCAGUAAGACAUUGAUGUACGACUUUCACUACAACUACAUCAAACCUAAGUACCCAGAGGGUAGAUCAAAGCUUCUUUUCACCGAUACAGACAGUCUUUGCUAUGAGAUUCAGACCGAAGAUUUUUACAAAGAUAUAACUAGCGAUGUAGACCGUUUGUUUGACACGAGCAACAUUUCAAAGAGGCACUCUUCUGGGAUACCAACCGGCGUUAACAAGAAGGUGAUUGGAACGUUUAAAGAUGAGGCAAGUGGAAAGAUCAUUCAGGAGUUUGUUGGUCUGAGGGCUAAGCUGUACAGCUACAAGAUGUUUGAUGAUGGAGAGGAAAAGAAGAAGUGCAAGGGGAUAAAAGAAGGAGUGGUAGAACGUACGAUUAGCUUUGAUGACUACAAGAGAUGUCUGUUUAGCGGUGUAAAACAACUACGAAAGAUGAACACACUUCGAAGUCUAAAGCAUGAGAUGUACAUGGAAGAGAUUAAUAAAGUUGCACUAUCCGCAGACGAUGACAAGCGAAUCAUUUUACCAGACAAAAUACACACGUAUGCAAUAGGACAUUGUAGAGAAGCAGACACUACAAAAGCUGUCACACAACACACUUAA